GUGACCUACUUUACGACCGCCAUGAGCCAGCGUAAACUUCAAUCUAGGUUUAACGCAAAGCUAAAGUUACAUUUUGUGGGUCGAAAUCGGCGUUCAGUUUUGUUGAAGCUAAAAUAGAAGUGAUUUGUAUGAUUUAAACCAGGCAAGGAGUAUGCCCACGGAGAAAGGUUUCAGGGAAUCGUGGUCGAAUGGAUGGAAAUAUGAAAGCGACACCGAUCCAUUGCUAGGUGUUAAGUACUGCACCCUUGCCGUUUGUAUACAAUCGUCUUGCGAAACCAGCGCAAGACAGGAGGAACAGGUGCACAAACAGUAUCAAAAACAAAAGCAUUCGUAUUUGUGAGCAGUUUUACAACGCAGAAACAAAGUUUGCCCUUCGAUAAAGACGAUUCGAUUUAGCAACGCAAGCACGAGCGGUGACCCUUCGCUAUCUGCGCUGCUUUGUAACCGUGAGCUCGUGCGAAACAUUACAGGCCGAGCGAUGAUGAUUGUGUAGAAAAAGUUGCCAAUCGUCAGCUGUGGCCUCAUCAAAAAGAAAAAAAGGGAGAAGGCCCUUGAGCGCGAGUGAAAUGAAACGGAAUGCAAAGAUAGAAAAUUUGCUCGCAAAGUGAUUCAACAUUCAAAGGCGACCAUUGGUUCAGAGUUCGGGGUGUUUCCGUGGCUGGAACGGUGUAGAACGUAGGUACAGAUAAGAACGACACGCAUCGGAUCGUUACGCAAACCCGCAAAGGGCAGCUGGGCAUCCUUUGUUUUGCCUCCAAAAUGGCGCUGCCCGCGUUGUUUCGAGAGCCCUUGCAUCUUCUGCUAGCCUUGCUGCUGGUGCUGUCCGGACGGGUGCGGAUGUCCGGUGGUUCGGUGGGCAGCCGUUCAACGGAUUCGGCCGCACCGGUGCUGAUUGUGGUGUCGUACGAUGCGUUCCGUAUCGAGUACUUGCAGCGCAAUAGUACCGCCUAUAUGAACGAACUUCGUCAAAAUGGCACGAGCAGUGCAUUCCUCCGAAACGUCUUCCCGACCAAAACCUUCCCGAACCACCACAGUAUCGCAACCGGUGUAUAUCCGAACGUGCACGGUGUGCUGGGCAAUGGCUUGUACGAUACGCUGCAGGGCGCUCUUAACUAUUCGUACGAGCUUUUCCAUUUCAAUCCCACCCUCAUGCCAAUAUGGUCGUUGAAUCAAUACGCCGGAGGACAUAGCGGUUGCAUGAUGUGGCCAGGGUCCGACUUUGGCUAUGGACCGCGCAAUCUUACCUGCAGCCACACGCAGCCAUAUAACAUCUCGAUCUCCUGGAACGACCGGGUUAACACCGCGCUGCGGUGGGUGCGAGACGCCGAGCGGCCAGCUAACCUGAUCAUGCUUUACGUCGAAGAGCCGGAUUACUACGGGCACAUCUACGGCCCGGAAUCGGACCGCGUCGCUCAGCUGGUGGUAAAGCUGAACGAUCUCACGCGAUACCUGCACUCGAAAAUCGCCGAACUACGCCUUCAGGAGCGGGUGAACGUGGUGCACCUGAGCGAUCACGGCAUGGACUCGUUGAUGGUGAAGAACUUCAUCAACCUGACGUCGCUCGUAUCGGACGAACUGAAGUACGACACGUAUGGCAACACGCCGGUGCUCCAGAUCGUACCGAAGGUAAAACAGCAGACGUCCGAGCUGUACCGGCAGCUGCGGAACGCGGCCGAGCUGGACGGCAGAUUCGACGUGUACAUGCUGGAGAACUUGCCAGCCCGCUGGCACUACAACAACUCGCACCGGACCGGGCCGAUCACGGCGGUAGCACACAUUGGCUACGGUUUCGAUGACAUGUGGAAGACGGUCGAGUAUUACAAGAAAAAGUUUGGUGUGAACGUGACACCGGAAACGCGAUAUGGCGUCCAUGGGUACGACAAUCAGCUGCAGAUCAUGAAUUCUAUCUUCUUCGCGUACGGUCCCAAUAUCCGGGAGGAGCUGACGGUGGAUCCAUUCGAUACGGUCGAUUUGUACUAUCUUUUCUGUGAAAUUCUGAACCUGACACCGCCUACCUACCUGGCGGGUAACGUUAACCACGUUCAGCACAUUCUUCGUAACGACUCGCGGGACGACGACGAUGACGAUCCGAAUGGUGCCAAUGGUUCCGGUUCAACGCGAGCGGAAAUGAUAGCAGUAAUUUUCGCCGGCAGCCUGCUCGGAUCGUUCGCCAUCGUAAGCCUAUUUGCGCUGGCCGUCAUCUACCAGCGACGAAGGCGGGAGCACAUGGUCCCUCCGUACCUAUACGAGGAGACGGAAACAUUCAUCGACGAGGGCAACAAGUUGCUGCACACCAGCACCACCAAUUCGUCCAUCAACGGUGACGUCGUAUCGGUGGACGUUUGAGAGCGUCGUCGGGCGGAAGCCGGACGACGGCCGGUCGGUCGUGUUGUGUUGCGUGUGGCUGUUGUGUGCCUAUGUUGUCGAUUGCUGUACCGCGAACCAACAUGUGCCGGCGUCGUGCGUUCGGAAGGGUUGAACCUGGAACCUAUGAAAUCGGCUUUCAUAUCCCGCAACCUAUACACAUCGGUAACUUCUUUCGUUCAACCUAUCGAAACCAAAUUAUCACCGCCGUCCCCUUUCCGCGAGUUUCCGUCUUUCAUCACACUACACGUUGCAUAAUCGUUCGUACAUCCUUGAGCUGAACAAUUGUUGGCAUUCCAUCGUGCGAGCGAUGAGCGUAAAUUGUAUGAUUUGCGACCGAGGAGAAGGUGGAGACAGAAAGUCAUCAAACGUUGGUGUACCUUUUGCGGAGGUUUGAAACGAUCGGACAAACUUUAUAACAAAUCCCUCACCCAUCGUGCGUCCACUCAGCGUUCGCGUUAAAGCCACACUGCAAACGUAAACAUACUAACUGGAUAGCAAAGAACAUUUACUAGAAAGACGAUGGAUGUGAAUUAUGUCGUGAAAUUAGAAUGAAUUGUAUGUUGUUGAUGUAAGAUUGAAAGAGACAGUUUCAAACAGGUAGGAGUAACAGUUUGUGCGUUGCACUACAAAGUAAACCAAUUGGAAAAACAGCAUGAAGCAAGCCGAAAACGAUAGUAUUUCCCAAUUUAUUGUAGACAAAGACUGGCCUUAAGCUGGUAGAGGAUCUAUCUAUCUACACUGUUUAUUGUACAUAAUACUUACAACUAUAUCUAUAUACAAUGUAAAAACGAGGAAAUGAAACGAAAUAAGCGAACGUGCGAACAAGUUCGGGAGGAGAUGUCUUGGUGUGCCGUAUUUUGGGCUACACAUCAUGCCGCGGAAAGGUCGGUCGUCUCCGUGGCAAGGCAAAUUUGUAAAUUUACUCGCAAACGACUGACACGGGAGUGCGCCAAAGGGCCAGGGAAUGGUGAACAGUCGAGCCAAGCGGUGGCCAUAGAUCCUAGCGUUGCGUUUUUCGCGAUAAAGGAUAAACCGACACACAGUCAAAGUUAGUCACGGAAAGCCAUACUUGUAGCCGGUGAGGUUGAAGCAGCUUUCGAAGCGUUGAGAGCAUGUGUCAUGGUCGAGAAGCGACGUAUUGAAACAGUAAUCGUAAUUAGAGUUGAAGAAAAUAGUCAUUUAUCGUACAGCACGUAGCGUUCGCCGGCGUAGCGAGGUGCGUAUCGUGCGAACGAACUGUAGAUAAGUUGUUUCCAUCCUACCAUUACGUUCCAUCGAACACUCGUCGCCAGACAACGAACCACAUUCACACAUAAUUUGCGGACGGAUGGGCGGACGGUUCGAAUCGACCAGACCGCCGUCCGUCCCAAAACUUUUGGCCGUAAGCGUAGGGACAAUUAUUAGCAUUCGAGCGAACCGAACGUCGCAACCACUGAAAAAAGACCUAUCCGUUUUUAAAAGGUUAAAGCUAUCUCUAUUGUGAUAUUUUUCUAAGAUGAUGUCUAGGAAGGAAGGAAGGAAGGCUGGGAGCACACAGGGAGUAAGAGACGGAAAGAAGGGAAGAAAGAUGAGGGGACGGUAGCAAUCAAAGGAAAAAUCAGCGGCCAAACCCACGGGUGUCGAUUGUGUCAAAGAACAUGCAAAACAUAAGAUGAGGAAACAAAUGGACUCAGUUUUAAAGGUUAGGAUGUAGGGUUCACCGGGUGGAGGAGCUCUUUACAUUUAAGGAAAAACCCGUGUGGGAGUCUCGCGAGGCCAUCUCGAGCAAAGA